GUGGUGGUGGUGGUGUGUGUGCUGAGAAGCACAGGAUCCUCCCUGUCGUCCAUGCUGCCGUGUUGUUCACGGGGUCUGCGGUCCAGGCGCACAGACACGGGGCGCUUAGGAUAGAGCCCAGCCUGCCGCCACCGCCAUGUGGAGUUGCGGCCCACUCAACGGCACGGGUGGCACUGAGGACCACAGCCUCUGCCAGCACUUCCACCUGGUCCUGUCCCUCUUCUCUCUGCUCUACCUGGUCAUUGGCGUCCCCAUCGGCCUGGGCUACAAUGCCCUGCUCAUCCUGGUCAACCUGUAUGAUCAGAGCAGCAUGACCAUGCCCGAUGUCUACUUCGUGAACAUGGCUGUGGCAGGCCUGGUGCUCAGCGCCCUGGCACCCGUGCACCUGCUGGGCCCCACGGCCUCUGGCUGGGCCCUGUGGGGCUUCAGCAGCGAGGCUCACAUCACGCUGCUGGUGCUGUUCAAUGUCUCCUCCCUGGUGACCAUGUACUCCACAGCCCUGCUCAGCCUCGACUACUACAUUGAGCGGGCCCUGCCCCGCACCUACAUGUCCAGUGUCUACAACACCAGGCACGUGUGUGGCUUUGUCUGGGGCGGGGCCCUACUCACCAGCUUCUCCUCCCUGCUCUUCUACAUCUGCAGCCACGUGGCGGCCAGGAUCGUCGAGUGCUCCAAGAUGCAGGACACAGAGGCUGCUGAUGCCAUCAUGGUGUUCAUUGGGUUUCUGGUCCCCACCCUGGCCGUCCUCUAUGCGCUGGUGCUCAUUGCAAGGCUCCGCAAGGAAGACACACCCCUUGACCAGGACACGGGGAGGCUGGAGCCCUCGGUGCACAGGCUUCUGGUGGCCACCGUGUGCACGCAGUUUGGGCUCUGGACACCUCACUACCUGACCCUCCUGGGGCACACGUUGCUAGCCUUGCGGGGGAAGCCCGUGGACGGGCACCACUUGGGGAUUCUGCUCUUUGCGAAGGACCUGUCAAGAUUCCUGGCCUUCUCCAGCAGCUCCGUGAUGCCACUCCUCUACCGUUACAUCAACAGGAGCUUCCCUGGCAAACUCCGGCGGCUCAUCAAGAAAAUGCACUGUGGGCAUCAGAGCUGCUCCCCAGACCAGGUGGGGUUCCAGCAGGUGAUGGCAUAGACAGCCAGUCCCGGGGCCACCACCAGCACUCACUGCGGGGUCACCUAGCCGCUGGCCGAGGGUGCAUGCCCUUGAGGCAUGACCCACCCCCCUUCUCGGGAGACAGGUGACUGACACUUGAGCUGGGUGCCCAGCACCAUGCCGCUGUCUUCCCCAGGAGGUCAAUGAGGCAAGAACAAAGGACAGCACUGGAUGUGUUUUUGCCAAGUCUGCUGUUGUUCCACAAAGGCCUCUCUUACACCAAGGCCACGUUGUUCAAAGCAGCAGGGGCCUGGUGUGAAGGGAAGCUGCGUCAGCCCACCUGCUUCUGCCCAAAGCCCGAGCACGGCUCCAUCCCCGGGGCCACGCCCUCAGCUUCCUCCACACCGGGUCCCAGAACGACGUGAUGACAGUCAAAAGCCAGUAUUUAUACUCUGUCUUGCUACAAUCCUUGAUUCCCUCUUUUACUUUAUUUCUGUCCAUAGAAAGAUUUGACAGAAAAGUCGCAACAGUAUGAAAAUGAAGGAGGCAACACAAAAGAGCACCCUCUUUGGACAGGUGGCGGUUGGCGUGACGGCUGCCGGGUCGCGUCGGGGCAGCGGGGAGCAGAGGCGCACGGUGUCACACACAGAGGUGGUGUCAAGAUGUUUCCCAUGGACAAAGCCAGCGGGGUGGCUGGUCUAAAUCAAGAGUAAAGUAGCUCGUGGUUCUCUCCUUGCCCGUUGAAUGUACCCACUACCCCUGCUGCCCUUGUGGGUGACCUCAGCUGACCUUUAGAGCUCGACUCCCCACUGUGGGCACCAGACGGAACAAUAAAAAUACACCGAAGAGAGGAAAAGGCAGUUAAUGCUGAAGCUGGAAGGGACUGCCCAGGGGAGAGACAGGCCUGGACGACUGAGCCUCGUGGGGCGCAGGGGCGGAGUAUGGGGCUACCACCACCACCUUGCCUGUCAGGUCCUCUGUGGCCUCUGCCACGGGGAGCCCAAAACCUGCCUGGAUUCUUCUACACCGUGGCCCGUAACCAUCAGCUUUACAACUGUGCAAACAGAAGGCCCUGCCCCUCACCCCAUCACAAUACACCCCAGGCCUGCAGCCCCUAACUCCCAACUCUGAAACCCACCAAACUCUAAAAAUGGGAAGAUCUGUUUUUCAGGUUUGCAGCAAGUUCAUUUGGUAGCAAACCCUGACCUCCAGUGGUAGGAGGGCACUUUUCUGCAGAAAGAGGAGGGUGAUUACGGGAGCCCUGCCCCAGCCCUGCUAUCCCAUGGCAUGCAGUACAUGCGGCGUGUUAACUGUGUGCACGCAUGUGCAGAAAACCGGUCCACAGAAGUGGUUUGCUAAAAGGAAAAUCAUAAACAGGCACAUUCCUUAAAAUGUGGUUUAUGUUUCAACCGAAAAUUUCCUGCCAUUUACGGCUACAGAGGAACAGGGCUGGGAAUUGGUAAUAUGGUAACUCCACCCUGCUUUUAGGGCUGUGCAUCCAGAAAAAAAACACCUGCUUUGUUUUUGGUCAUUGCUCGGUAAUGCACCCUAUUUAUUUAUUUAU